AUGUCAUCACCGGAAGACGCGGAGCAGUGCCACAAGAUUGCGGAGCGAUUGCUCACGGACGAGUGUCGCGUGUCCCACGGGCCGGUAGGCGUCGGCGUGGAAGGUGUCGGCUCCUGGAGGGGCCAGCGGCGCCCCCACGGCAUCGAGAUACCUACGCCCCUGGCCGGCGGCGGCGGCGUCGCGGCGCACGAGCUGGAGUCGUCGUUGGACGGCGCAGCGUUCAACCCCGCCGUCGUCGUCGCAUCGGCGGCGACAUCGACGAGAUGCUCUGCGGCGAGGAACGCGCUGAGAACGGUCUCCUCGUCCUCCACCGUACCAUCGUCGUCAUCCGUCAAUGCCGUGAACCCCAGGCCAAGGUUCUACCUGGGCUCCGUGAUCGCUGAGACCAGCAAGGAGGAUGCCAUGGAGCCGGAAGUCAAGGAGGAGGACGAACGAAGGUCGUCCACACCGAGCCCCGAGAUUUACGCGCGGAGAAAUAAACGCUACAAUGAGGGCGGCAGCAGCGAAGAAGAAGGCAAGGCAGAUACGUCUUUGCAAGGUCACAGAGUACCAUCCUCUUAUAGAGGAACUUGGCCCAUCAGAAGAGACUUGUGGGCCAAUCAACAAAUGGGCUUCUCCGCUCAGCAAAGCACAUCAACCACUGUACAUAAUGACGUAGCCAGCGUGAUGAGUUUCUCAUCCAAUUCGGGCGGGUGUCUCGGAGGUUCCGCGGAGGUGCAAGGAGACCGACGACUAGGGGCAAAAGUAGACGUGGUGUACAAUUUACUUGGAAUGUUGGGAAGCACCGAAGGCGGCGAAGACAUGAGCGCCACCCUACUUUCGAUGAGCACUUCAAUAGACAAUUGUCUUAUAAUGAGGCAAUCGGGAUGUCUACCCCUAUUGGUACAACUGAUUCACGCCCCAGGACAGGAUCCAGAAACUAGGGAAAAAGCAUCAAAAGCUCUGCACAACAUUGUUCACGCUAAAAGCGACGAAAGAGCCGGACGUCGAGAAGCGAGGGUACUCAGGUUCCUGGAACAGUUGAGAGACUAUUGUCAAGCUCUCAGAUCGUCUUUGGAGACAGGGCAGGUUCCCGACGAUUUGGAGAGACACCCAGGACCCACGAUAGCCGCGCUAAUGAAACUUUCCUUCGACGAAGCCCACCGACACGCUAUGUGCCAGCUUGGCGGGCUACACGCGGUUGCGGAGCUGAUCGAGAUGGACCAUAUGGCCCAUGGCAGCGAGUGCGACGACCAGAACUGCAUCACUCUUCGCAGAUAUGCCGGAAUGGCAUUGACGAACCUAACGUUCGGGGACGGAAACAAUAAAGCACUGCUCUGUUCUUUUCGCGAAUUCAUGAAAGCGUUGGUCUCGCAGCUACGAAGUCCCAGCGAUGACCUCAGGCAAGUAACGGCCAGCGUGUUGCGGAAUUUAUCGUGGCGAGCGGACACCAGUAGCAAGCAGACCUUGAGAGAAGUUGGAGCUGUGACUGGUUUAAUGAAAGCUGCGAUGGAAGGCCGAAAGGAGUCAACGCUCAAGUCUAUUCUGUCUGCGCUCUGGAACCUCUCGGCUCAUUGUAGUACAAAUAAAAUAGACAUCUGCGCUGUGGACGGUGCACUUGCCUUCCUUGUCGAUAUGUUGAGCUACAAGGCGCCAUCUAAAACUCUGGCAAUAGUCGAGAAUGCAGGUGGUAUACUGAGAAAUGUGUCUAGCCAUAUCGCCGUCAGGGAAGACUACCGAGCCAUCGUGAGAGAAAGAGGAUGUCUGCAGGUUCUUUUGCAACAACUACGGUCGCCCAGCUUAACUGUCGUUAGCAAUGCAUGCGGGGCACUCUGGAACCUCUCGGCUAGAUGUCCACAGGACCAGCGUUUGCUAUGGGAUUUGGGCGCGGUGCCCAUGCUCCGCAGUCUCAUCCAUUCGAAGCAUAAAAUGAUUUCAAUGGGUUCGAGUGCGGCCUUAAAGAACUUACUGAGCGCUCGGCCAGGUUGCAACAGCCUCGUCCAUUUGGAUUCAACUGCUCGUGGUUUGGGCCUUCCAACUUUGCCCACCUUAGUCGCCCGAAGACAGAGAGCUUUAGAGCAGGAAAUAGAUCAGAACUUGGCUGAAACUUGCGAUAACAUUGAACCCAGUACGUCCCCCACGAACAAGGACGAUAAGUUCCUCUUCAAGAUGGAUCAUAGUUUCUUGGGACUUAACGCUCGGGCACUACGCAAUUAUCAUUUACACAAUCAACCGAGUACAUCCAAUGUAAAGAGCAACGGGGUUGCCAGGAGCGAGAGCAGGGACUCUAUGCGCUCCAUCACCAGCACCCACUCCGACACCAUGUUCGAGCGAGUGAAUCGCCACGUGUUGAAUGGAUUAUCCCCCACCGAUAUUCAAAUCAAGCAGCAGUCUUCGUCCCUUCAUUCUGCGGUUGGCUUCGACACUGGGAUGACUAGUGAUAGCCAGAUCAAGGUCUCCUCUGAGAAGAGGUACACAUUGCGGUACAAGAACGCCAUCCCGGAUCGUUUAAAAUCCUCGGAUGCUUUCAAUGGCCUUGGCGAUUUAAGGUGCACCAAUUCGACAAUUUCUUGGUCUUCCGCGCCAGACCAAGAAUCCGCCUGCUCACAGAAUCUGCUCCACUCUUCGGUGGAGGAUAAUCUGCCCCAGAGCAUGUCAUCAAAGGCUGGCAGUCAGUCCAGCGUGUCCGAGGAUACCGAAUUAAAUGUCUGCCAAAAAACGGAAUACCAAUGUGUCGCUAGUAAGUCUGGAAUCAAUACUCCCUCUUCGUUGUCCUUCACCAGCAAUAACUCCCCUGGCAAGGACGGUUUCGGAAAUAUAUACGAUAAACCAGCACUGCACCAGCAUAAUCCAUUGAACGCGAUACAGAAAACUAUCUCCCCAAGUGUCAGUCAUUGCGCGGAAGGAAACUUCUUCAGUGAUUAUGCCGAGACGGAUUUGGAUCAACCGACCGAUUAUAGUCUGCGAUACGCGGAGCGUAGCUUAGAUGAGGAUAAACAACACUCCCAUUACUUUAGGAAUAGCGAACAGGAGCUUAUUCAUGAUGAUACCGUGAAGACUUACUACACGGAGGGAACACCCCAUGCAUCGUCACUGAAUUCCUCUAGAGCAGCCUCCGCUUCUGACCUGCAAGAAGACAACAGACAGAGAUGUUUCAUAAAGAAGAUGCAGGAGCAAAGGAAAUUGCAGGAUAAAGAAAUUAGGUUGCAAACGAACGUUAAGAGUAAUGCUGAGGAAGCUGGACAUUCUUCUGUCAAGGGCUCAUUAAGUUUGAUAAAUCCACUCACGCAAAUACCAUCAAAUAACUUGCAUUGCGACGAAGAUAAUAACAUGGCAUCUAAUUCGGAAAACAUAACAUCAGAUGUGGAGAAAAAAUAUACAGUUCAGAAUGAAAUGUUUGGGAAAAACGAUAAAAAUUUUCCCACCAAUGGAGUUAAUUCGUAUGUGACCAGUGCAUUAAAGGCUUCUAAUGAUUCAGGAUGUAAGGAAUUUGAACUAACAGGAGAUACGCGUAACAUGCCCUGUACAUUAAAUAUAAACACCUCUUACGAAUGUUUAGAUCAAGUCAGUGAUGGCGAUGAGGAUGACGAAGAUUUACUUACAGCAUGUAUUAAUAUUGGAAUGCAAAAUAACAGACACAGACAUUCUUUCAUAGGAAACAAUUUCGAAAAGCCGCCGCGAAAUGAAAGCAAUUUAGCCAGAUAUCAGACAAGCGUUGCGUUAGACCAAGUUGAAUACAAUAUUGAUUCCACUAUGAUCAGUCUAGAUACAAAGCAGAUAACAUGCGAAGAAAAUAAUGAUAUGGUUAAUGCACCAAGUAUAAAUAUUGUGUCUGAUUAUAGCUCGAAUACAACAAAGAUGACUGAAAACGUGACAGAAACUGAAAUAACAGCAGAGCACUCCAACGAAAUUUUACAGACUCAACUUGGAGGUAUAAACAGAAACAUAGCACAUAGUUCACAGAUAGGCGAUGAUAUUCUUUGCAAUUUUUCAUUGCCAUCGAAUUUGAGAAACAGUCCAAUACUACACGAAACAAUAGUUUUUAAUACAGAACCAAACCAGCAGCAGUAUCUGUCUAGCAUAGACCUUGAAUCAAACGAAGAUAUGUCGUCCUUAGUUCACAGUGACCUCCUGGAAGAUGAGAGAAUUAUAGAAGAUACUGAAAAUGGUAAGAUAUCAGAAACGUUAAAGGAGAAAAUUACAGAAAAUUCAAUGCAGCAAUCCCUUACAAAAGUAACAGAUUCAGAAAGCAGUGAAUCAAUUGAUUCAGUCGAACAAUCUGAGCAUGCUCUUUUAGAAUUAUGCAUUCAACCUGGAUUAACGAAACCAAUUGACAAGUUAAGCAAAACUACAUUGAAAACCAGUACAGCUCUAGAUCGGUUUGAACAAAAAGAAAUUAGCUGUUUGAACGAGAACAGUCAAACGGAGGAUGCAUGUGAAGUGGAUGGUGUUGAAAAAGAAGAAAUUAGCGUCAAGCACAAACCGGCACAGAAAGAUACCGACACGCCAAAACAUGGGAGAAGAGAAGACAUAUAUCGACGUCAGAGAGAUCCUGACGCGAUGAUUGCCUCGUUAGAUCGAUUAACAGCUGCGCUGGUACAACAAACAGAAGCAAUACGCGAACGCGAUUCCGGCACCAUGAAACAAAGUAUAUUGAGCGACACCUGGAAUGAAGAUUCUCCUAACGAAGUUUCAUUUCCUAGUAUCAGCAUCAGCGCACCCAUCAUUGCUUCCUUCAAAAGCGACGUGCCGGAGGAUCCAGGUACUGUCACCUCUGAAUACGUCGAAACAGCAAGUAGCGAAAGUGGUCACAUGAUGACAAACUCGAAAAUCAUUCAACGUGAAGCAAUCAAGCUAGCUGAAGCUGUAGAUGCGGAGAUGAAGAAACAAAAUGAGACUGAUUCGAUGAGUAUGACAUCCAUGGACCUCGAAGCCAUCAAACCACCGUCCUCGAUGGGGAGUUUAUUGUCCUUAACAGCCAGUUACGCUGGCUCAGGGGACUACAGCGAGGCAUUUGUUAAUAGGGACAGAUGUAACUCUACAUCACUUCCACCGAUACAGAUGAAGAACGUCUCCCUGACGGAUUCCAGGAGCUGCCGUAAAAAGUCCCUUCCUCUCGGUGUUGUAGCAAAACGAGCGUUGAAUCAAGCUCAGGCUCAUACUAGCAGCUUAGAAAAUUUAUUGAACGAGUGCAGUGGGUCGCAUUUGGAUAGCGUGAAACCGCCGUCAAUGAUGGACGAACUACCGGACGUGGGUGACAUGGAGAACAGCAUGGUCAGUGUAGCAAGCAUCACGUCGGAAGUGGCAGAUCCGAAGGAUCAAGACUCCCAAAGCCUAAUCGAAAGUGACGCCGUUUUCGACUUGCUGAAGCCUGUUGCAAAUGUUCUUUCUAUGACAUGCUUGCGAUACGCGGAAGCUAUGCAGAGCAGUGCAAACAAUAGCUUGAGUGAGUAUUUGGAGAACAUUAACCCACCCUCGUUGUUCAAUGAAGUUUGCGAAAUGGACGAAUCAACGGUAGAACAUGUCACGGAAACUGUAUGCAGUGACACACUGUGCAUUGACGCGGAACUGCGCACUGAAGAAGCUCCGCAUCCAAUGAUCGUUGACAAAAUCGACGAAGCAGGCAACGAUACCGACGAGGCAAUUACUCCAAUCUCUUCCGAGUACUGUGUCAGCAGCUCGGCCGAGUCAACGCCCAAGAAGCGACAACACAGAAAUCUCACGCCCAAACAAAAGCGAACUUUGGCCAAGGAAAGGUACAGGACGUACACCAUAGCUGCGGAACUAAGCAGGAAGGAAGCUGCGGCAGACAAGCGGGAAAAUGCGAACGGGGUAGACAGAAUUCCACGUGGCAAGUGUUCACAAUUUUCCAAGUUGACACCUAAACAACGUAGACAGGAAGACAGAGCGAGGUUUCAGACGCAGGUAUUGGGGAAUCCUUUCUCUGAUGUGAAUCAAGAGCAACAGGAGAUUGAUAACAUUUGUGAACAAGAGAGCCCUGACACGUCAGAGCCGAUGUCUCCUGUCAGGUCCGCUAUUCCGAAACUGACAAAAAACGACUCUGAAUGCAUAUUCAAGGACGCUGACGGCAACGCAGCUGCAAACGGUACAGACGAAACUUCGUUGGCCGUAACGCACAGUAUUCGGUCGGAUAAAAUUCAAACUAUGUUAGAGAUGAAUGCUACCAUCGUGUUGAACACUUUGAACGAAUCAAAUAAGGCGAACGAAAACAGCGAAGAACCGUUGCUGGACUGUGAGACUAUAAGUCUGGUAUCGAAUGAAUCUGAGUCUGAACGAAAUUUGCGAAUGCGGUUCGUCAACGGUGUCUCCAAGAAGUUGAUAGGUGCUUGCAGCCAACAAAUGAAUGAAACACAUGAAGUGGAAGAGAAUCACAAAGAUGCAGACGGUAUUGAAACGUUUAGGUCGCACGAAGACAUCAGGUAUGACACGGUAGACAGUGAAAGUGAGAAUGAUUCCAACAACACUGAAGAACCACCUCGAGAGACCAAACGACCACGGAUAAUUAAACCAGGUAUGGUGAGAGAUUUAAGUAACGAUUCAAACGCUACAGACAAAUCGGAACCAGAGAGUCCAAAAGCCAUCCGUGGCAGAAGAAAGGCCCUCUACUCUAAUCCCAUAACGAGAAAACCAACACCACAAUCGUCUCCGUUAAAACAAGUAAAUGCUGUUAGUGGAAUUCCAAUAGGACGAAGUAAUACGUCACCUAUAGUGAGGGCUACCAGAGCUACCACCCUUCGACAGAAUAACAACAGUUCGAGUAACGUAACGAAAGAAUCGGCAAGAGCAAAUGUAAGUCCUAAAAUGACAUCUGGUUUAACAGACGCAUGCUCCUCAAAUUAUCAGCAGGAUGGUAAAAAAGAUGUAGCUGUGAAGUCCUUGGAACGACAGGGUACGUUUACCAAAGACGAGCCGGAAGUGGAAAAUGCUCCCAUGGUAGUAUCAUCAUCCUCCUCUCCCAUAAAAACAAAGAUAGCGAAACCCAUCAAAGGUGCUACUUCUAAGGUACACCCAACAAUGGUGAAACCUAAAAUCGCACCAAAGACUCUGCAGGCACACCAAUCGAAAACCACGAAAGGAAAUGCGUCUGAGAAGAUUCAGCCCCCAAAAGCGUUGCCGCUGUUAGUCGCUCCGAAACGAUUGCCAACAGGAAAAAUAACGUCAGCCUCGAAAGUUCCAACUGCUAAUCAGAACACCGUGCAGGCGGAAAGCGGGAAGGUUUUUCGCAAAGUAGGUCCUCUCGGUCAAAGAUCCAAUAGCAAUUCUAGCCUCGUGUCGAACUCGUCGGCAGGGUUGCAGACUAGAAAAUUAGCAAAGGAAGCAACUAGCAAAAUUGCAAGUCUUUGGAAAAAAGUCGAGGAAUGCAAGAACAAGCAACGUUUUGAGAAAUCCGACACUAGGCAAUGGGUACAGCCUGGCAGUUGUGCCAAUGUUGUGGAUGCUCCUUCAUCCGUGAACAAUCCACCAGCUUUUAGGCUGUUCCGUAGUUCUACGUUCGAGGGCGUACCCCAAGAUAAUAAUAAUCCUGAGUCAGCCUUGUACCAGUCUAAAUCAAAGAAACCUCCCGUAAUGGGCGUUCAAUCCAGUAAAGUGAAAUAUAGGAACUCUUGUGACUUGAGCGGAAUGAAUGCGAACGAUGCCCCUUGCAAGAUACCUGUGAAGUCUAGUGACGCUUCAACGUACAGGAAGGAUACUGUGCAAGUAGGGGACGCAUCGGUGAUUUUACGGAAACCACAGAACACUGUGUCUUCCCCGGGGGAGAUGGACCUAACGAAACGAAUAUCGCGUCUCGGUUCCUUCAUAAGAGUAGAUUCUGCGAACGCGGAGGGCUCUGCACAAACGCACGUUAAUGGUAAUAGUAUGCGUAUACCAGCCUCCGCUAUCGUACCGCCCUUCAAUUAUAACCCGAAACAAGACAUUCCUUCCCAGACAAUUAAAGUUACACCAAAUGAGGAUGAGAGCAAAUUUGGGGCGACAGAUUGUCACAGCGAUAUUGUCACAGGUUCGACAAGGGUAACAACGGUAUAGGGGAGAGCUCGUAGAUUAGAUUUCUAAAAGAACAACCGUUUUGGUAGUAUCGCCUUUUCGUUUCUGGCUAGUCAUUGUACAUUUACUUUACGAUGUGUUGACAGCGAGUCCAC